AUGACGCUGGGUGGUGAAAGCCGAAAGGAAGCUACAAAGCCGACUACCCUCCUGUCAACCAGGAACAUCAACAUCGCCACAUGGAAUGUUAGGACCAUGUAUGAGCCAGGGAAGACGGUGCAAGUGGCAAUCAAAAUGAGGAACAACAACUUGGCCAUGUUAGUCAUCAGCGAGACACGUUGGACCCAAGCUGGACAGACACGACUAACAACAGGAGAGCGGCUGUUGUACUCUGGGCAUGAAGGAAGAGACGCACCCCAUACUCAGGGAGUAGGCUUCAUGCUGUCCAAGCAGGCACAAAGGGCACUGAUUGGAUGGGAGACACACGGCCCCAGGAUCAUUACUGCAUCACACCGGACUAUGAAGAAAAAGAUCAAGAUGAACGUCGUCCAGUGCUAUGCUCCAACAAAUGACAGUGAAGAGGAGGACAAAGACCAGUUUUAUAGCAGACUGCAGAAAAUCCUCGAGACCUAUCCAGAAAAGGACGUCACCAUCAUGGGAGAUGUCAACGCCAAAAUCGGGACUGACAACACCGGAUACGAACUAGUCAUGGGAACCCAUACCCUGGGAGAGAUGAAUAAGAAUGGAGAGAGAUUUGUGGACCUAUGCGCACUCAACAACCUGGUGAUCGGAGGCAGCAUCUUUCCUCACAAGCGGAUCCAUAAGAGUACUUGGGUAUCGCCAGAUAGCAAGACCGAGAACCACGAUCACGUCUGCAUUAGCAAGAAAUUCAGACGAUCCUUGCAGGAUGUUAGAGUGAGAAGAGGGCCAGACGUGGCGUCCGACCACCACCUGGUGGUGGCCAGACUGAAGUUGAAGCUGAAAAGGAACAACAAGAUAGAAACAUCAGACAGAAGAGUAAAAUACAACGUCAGCCUUCUGAAAGACCCCAAGACUAAACAAGAGUUUAGCCUGGCACUGAAAAACAAGUUCGAAGUGCUUCAGGAACUACUUGAAGAGGAGGAUGAUAAUGUAGUCAACAGAUGGCAGAAAGUGUUGCAAUUGCGAGACGAACAGGCAGGCUUCCGGCAAAAUAGAUUCUGCACUGACCAAAUCGCUACUCUACGCAUCAUAGCUGAACAGUCCUUGGAGUGGAAGUCAUCAUUGUACAUCAACUUCAUCGACUAUGAAAAGGCAUUCGAUAGCGUGGAUCGAGAAACCCUCUGGAAGCUCCUUUGGCACUAUGGCAUCCCAGCCAAGUUGGUCAACCUGAUUAAAAUCUCCUAUGAAGUUAUGUCCUGCAGAGUUAUACAUGGAGGACAGCUCACAAACAGCUUCCAAGUACGAACAGGAGUCCGACAAGGAUGCCUGUUGUCACCUUUCCUCUUCCUCCUCGCAACCGACUGGAUUAUGAAGACAUCCACCAGCGAGCGUAGGAACGGAAUAAAAUGGACUCUGUGGAGCCAGCUCGACGACUUAGACUUUGCCGAUGAUCUGGCUUUACUUUCCCACAGCCAGCAGCAGAUGCAAGAGAAGACAAAUGUAGUGGCAACCUUGUCGCAGCAAAUCGGCCUAAUCAUCCACAGGGACAAGACCAAGAUCCUAAAGACCAACUCUGCAAGCACAGAACCCAUCACCCUGAAUGGGAGCCCCCUGGAAGAAGCGCAGUCCUUCACAUACUUGGGAAGCAUCAUUGACCGGCAGGGCGGUACAGACGCAGACGUCAAGGCAAGGAUUGGUAAAGAAAGAGCCGCCUUCGCCCAGCUCAAGAACAUCUGGACCUCCAGAGAGCUGUCAGUGACCACCAAGAUCCGAAUAUUCAACUCCAACGUAAAGUCAGUCUUACUGUAUGGGGCAGAGACCUGGAGGAUAAAUAAGACUACCAUCAGAAAAGUCCAGACCUUCAUCAACACCUGCCUCAGAAGAAUUCUCCAGAUCCGAUGGCCUGACACCAUCAGUAAUACCAACCUCCAGGAAAGGACAGGCCAACUCCCUGCCGAAGAAGAAAUCAGGAAGAGGAGAUGGGGCUGGAUAGGGCAUACCCUACGAAAACCACCAACCAGCAUCACUAGGCAGGCGUUGCGGUGGAACCCACAAGUCAAGUGGGAGAGAGGUCGGCCAAGAAACACCUGGCGACGCGACCUUGAGGCUGACACCACCAAGAUGGGCUACACCUGGAACCAGUUAGAGAAAAUGGCCCAGGAAAGAGGACUCUGGAGAGCUGUUGUUGUUGUUGUUGUUGGCGGCCCAUACCCUGGUAGGGGUGACGGGCAGUAA